CUGACCCGUCGGACAGACGUCUGAGACUUCUAUGGGCUGCCACACCGACGUCAGGCACUGCGCGUCACCGUGAAGAUGGCGGAGGCUGCGGACACACCACAACACCGGUUUUUCUGUCACUGCUGUAAAAGUGAAACAAACCCCAAACUCCCGGAUUUCGUCUGUCCCAGAUGUGACUCCGACUUCAUUGAAGAGGUGACAGAAGACUCGAGUCUCCUGCAGAACAACACAUCAGCGGCCAGUGAAGAAUCAAACUCGUUGUUCUCAGACUUAUGGCAGCUGCUGUUCAUGGAGCGCUCUGCUCUGCUGUCGCAUCCGCCCUCCUCAGAGUCUGACCCGGAUGACAGCGAGCAGGUAUCUGCAGGUCAGAGCCGUCCUUCUCCAGUGCUGCCGAGUGCUGCCGAGGCUGGAGAACCAGAGUCUUCUUCCCAGUCUGAACAAGAGAGGUCAUCCAGGCCUGAGCAAAGGCCUGCAGUGGAAGGGAUCGUGCAGCAGUUCCUGGCUGGCCUGUUUGCCAACAACGGAAACCCCGGUGCUGCCCCAGCUGCGCUAUCUGGCAUGCUACAGUUGCACUCAAACCCUGGGGAUUACGCGUGGGGUCAGGGAGGUCUGGACGCUGUCAUCACAGAGUUGUUAGGACAGUUGGAGAGCACAGGUCCGCCCCCUGCAGAAAAGGAGAUGAUCUCAUCUCUUCCAACAGUUUGCAUCUCUCAGGAGCAAACAGACUGCAGACUGGAGUGUCCCGUUUGUAGGGAGGAGUAUUCAUCAGGAGAAUCUGUCAGGAAGCUACCCUGCCUCCAUUACUUCCACAGUGAAUGUAUAGUGCCUUGGCUGGAGCUGCAUGAUACAUGUCCAGUGUGCCGAAAAAGCCUAGACGGUGUUGACAACAGCCUCCUGCCAACAUCAGAACUCCCAGAAGCUCGCUCCAUGAGGACAGAGCAACAGGAGAGGCAGGCGAUCUGAGAAACAGGCCAAGCAACUCUACCUCCUUCACUGUCUUCAGGAGACACGCUUCUCACCUCAGACUUUUCCCUCCGCAUCGACUGCUUCAAAAUAAAAUACAUUACAUGCAUCACAGUCAUAA